GGAGCAGGUAACAACGCCGCCUUUAUGAGUCGCUGGAGGCGGAGGCAGCUCCGGGGAGGGCUGGACCGGGGGAUCCGGUUUCACCGGGACUGAAACGCAGCGGCUCGCCGCUCCUCCGCUCACUCUCCGCCGCGUCUGACGCUCCUCACGUCUCCGCUGCUCCGGGAUGCCGCUAAACCUGUGAAGAUCAGAAGUAACGCCUGAUGAAACAUGCAGAUUAAGGAAGUCAUACAUACUGCCUCUUUGGACUUUUUAACAACGUUGGCCCUAAAAGAAACGGAUGGUAAAUGACCAGCUUCCAAAACUAGCAUCUAAUGGCUAAACCUUCAAUGAAUGGCUUUCUCUUUUGGGACUUUGGGAGCGCUGGAGAAUGGAGGAUCCAUUCCAGGCAUUCUCUCAAGGGUCUGUCACUCUACCUCCGAGAAGAAUGAGCAAUUUUCACCAGACGGAGAUAUGCUCAUGUCGCAACUGAACUGGUCCAGUGGUUCAUUUGUCUGGAAGGAGAACUAACAGGACCCUGAAGAAGAGGAAGUGGCCGUAACUUGACCCAUGACAAAGUAUGCGCAUGAAGAGCCAGGCUGAAAAUGUGAAUCGACUGUAAAGUGAACAAAACUUGCUUUGUGGUCUACACCUGGGAAAUAUGAGACUUUCGUCGACACAAAACAGUUCUUCUUCGUUUUAAUCAAAGACGUACCCUAGUGACUCCAACAAGCGGUUCUGGCAUGGCCGUGUCUUGUUUUUGAUGGUGUUCAGAGAUGCCCCAGCUUUCCUGAACUUCGUCUUCCUGCCAGUCUUGUUGUUGAGGUUGUCCGCUGGGAUGCUGCGCAGGGGUCUUCUGGCCUGGCUCUCUCGAGUGGGUGUCCUGUUAGUGGUGGUGUGCUGUUGUCUUUCGCUUCUUUACGUCAUCACUUGCAGCCCUCAUGCAGAUGAACCCAUGGCCGGGCAACCCCUGCCCAGGGCCGGAGGGAUGGCUAUGCCGGGCAGUCCGAGCAGACCCGGUGGGGUUGGAGGCGCUCCGAUCGGCCGGGAAGGGUUCCAAGCCCUUCUCCAAGAGCGUGAAGAGCAGCACCGGCAGCACAUCGCCAGCUUGAAAAAACAAAUCGCUCAACUCAAAGAGGCUCUCCAGGAACGGAGUGAGCAACUCAAAGGCAUGCAGGACUCUGUGGAGAAGUCGGCUGGGAAGGGGACAGUGGGCGACGUGGCCGAUGAGCACAGCCACAGCGACCUGCAGGAGUUCCUGCGCAGCCAGCUGAGCCGGGCAGAGGUGCACUCUGGGAUAAGACUCCCGAGCGAGUACGCCGUGGUGCCCUUCGAGAGCUUCACCUUGCAGCGCGUCUACCAGCUGGAAAUGGGCUUGACCCGUCACCCCGAGGAGAAGCCGGUGAGGAAGGACCGCAGGGACGAGCUGGGGGAGGUUGUGGAGAGCGCCCUGCACGCCCUCAAUGCUCCAAGUCAAGGUGGAGACCAAGCCAAAGCCAGCAAAGUCUACACGCCGUCAGACUUCAUAGAAGGCCUGUCACGCACCGAGAAGGACAAGGGCACGCUGUACGAGCUGACCUUCCGUGGAGAGCAGAAGCAAGAGUUUCGGAGGCUGCUUCUCUUCCGUCCCUUCGGUCCGCUCAUGAAAGUGAAGAGUGAGCUGGUGGAGACGGCCGGCGUGUCCAUUAACAUCGUGCUGCCUCUGUCCCAGAGAGCCGACAAAUUCAAGCAGUUCAUGCACAACUUCAGAGAGGUGUGUGUGAAGCAGGACGGCCGGGUGCACCUGACUGUGGUAUAUUUUGGAAAGGACCAGAUGAAUGAGGUCAAAGGGACCUUGGAGAACACAUCGAGGGAGCUGAACUUCCGUAACUUCACUCUGAUUCAGCUGAAUGAGGAGUUUUCUCGAGGUCGAGGGCUGGAUGUGGGCGCUCGGGCCUGGAAAGGAGGCAACGUGCUGCUCUUCUUCUGUGACGUGGACAUCUUCUUCACAGCCGACUUCUUGAACACGUGUCGUCUGAACGCCCAGCCUGGUGAGCCUGUAAGUGUUUUCUCAGGGAAGAAGGUGUUUUACCCGGUCCUCUUCAGCCAGUAUAACCCGGCGGUGGUCUACGGCUCUCAGGAUCACGUCCCUCCUGUGGACCAGCAGCUGAUCAUUAAGAAAGACACCGGCUUUUGGAGGGACUUCGGCUUCGGUAUGACCUGCCAGUACAGAUCUGAUUUCAUCAAUAUAGGGGGCUUCGAUGUGGACAUCAAGGGCUGGGGCGGCGAGGACGUCCAUCUCUACAGGAAGUACCUGCACAGCAAGCUUCUGGUGGUCCGGGCCCCGUCUCGAGGACUCUUUCAUCUGUGGCACGAGAAGCACUGCGCUGACCAGCUGACCCCGGACCAGUACAAGAUGUGCAUGCAGUCCAAAGCCAUGAACGAGGCGUCCCACGGCCAGCUGGGCAUGCUGCUCUUCAGACACGAGAUCGAGGCUCACCUCCGCAGACAGAAGCAGAGCGCCGCCAAAAAACCUUGAGCUCUUAAAGAGACGCUUCACGAACGUGAAUCAUUCAAAAGCGGCCCAGACGUUUUGAGGAACUGAAUCUUUUUAUCCAAUCACGUCACAGAAUCAUGCUCCACGUCGACUCAUACUGGUUUAGAAAUCCUGAAAUAUAGCAUAAAAAAAAGUUAAUAAUUCUGAUUUUUACAUGCUUUUGAAAGAAAUCUCUCAUGCUCGGCAAGUCUCCAUUUAUUUGAUUUAAAAUACAGUGAAAGACAUAAAUGGAACAAAAGAUUUAUAUUUUAAAUAAAUGCUACUCAUUUUUCAACUUUUCAUUUUUAAAGAAUCUAAAAGUCAUUAAAAAAAUCAAGCAACAGAAACGGCUAAAGCAUUAAGAACCGUUAUUAAUAAUUAAAAAUCCACAGAAACUGAGAACCAAAUCAGUAUAUUGUUAUGAUUUCUAGAGGAUCACGUGACGCUUAAAACUGAAGCAAUGAUGCUGAAAAUUCAGAUUUCUGAUCAGCCUUGGUGAGCAUAAAAGACCAAAAAAAAGUUUGAUUCUGAUCGAAAGGAAAAGAGCGUCCUGUACAUUCUUCAGAAGUUCUCCUUUUGUGUUUUACAGAGAAGAGAAAGUCAUUUAGUUCCUCACGGCAUGACAGAAGGUAUUUGUUACGCAUGAGAGAGGAAGUGAAGAAAUUAUACAGUACUGCCUUCAGUGAAGAGCCGCACACACACACACACACACACACACACACACACACACACACACACACACACACACACACACACACACACACACACACA